AUUUCAUCGCAAAACAACAAAUUUGUCCAAUUAACACCACCAACAAUUUUGUAUUGUACAUUAAAUAUUCUUUCUAAAGUGAAAGUUUAGGAUAUUCAAAAUGGGCAAAGAUAAAUCCGAGAAGCGCGACAAGAAGGAGAAGAAGGAGAAGAGAAGUGAAACCGAUGGUGUUAAGAAAUCUUCCAAGAAGGACAAGAAGGUCAAGCUCAGUGAAGACAAUGUCGCUGCUGCCAUUGCAGAAGUUACCAAGGAGCCAGAGGAUGUUGAGGUCAUGGAUAUUGUGAUUGAGGAGGAUAAGGAAGGUGCAGCUGCCGAGAUCAAACCAGUAGGAGCUUUGGUUCCGUUCGCAAACCCAUUGGCCGAUGAAAAGGUCGCAAAGAAGGUGCUCAAGAGUGUUAAGAAAGCUGCCAAAAACAAGACUCUUAAGCGUGGUGUUAAGGAAGUCGUCAAAGCUCUUCGCAAAUCUCCUCAAGGUGCCAGCAAUACCGUUUUCCCAGGUGUCGUUAUCCUUGCUGCAGACAUUUCGCCAAUGGAUGUCAUUUCUCAUAUUCCAAUUUUGUGCGAAGAUCACAACGUACCAUACAUCUUCGUUACCAGCAGAGCCGAAUUGGGAGCAGCAGGUAACACAAAGAGACCUACGAGUGUGGUAAUGGUUACAGAGGCGAGAUCGGGCGCAAAGAAGGCCGAGAAGAUCGAGGGCGAGGAAGAAUUCAAGGAAGUCUACAAGGAUUUGGUCAAGGUUGUGGAGAAGGAGGCCAGGAAUGUCAGAGUCUAAAAAGAGUGGUGUUGGAGAAAAACAAAAAACUUUCUGCUUAUGGGUUGGCUACAGAUACACUUUUCGGCUGUAUCAUAUUAAGAGCAUAUCUUACCGUGCUUGGACAUUACAAUGGCGUUUGUGAGUAUGGAUAGGGCUAGGAAUAAAGAAAACGUUCAAUUUUAAUUCAACCUUUGUGUAGAAUGC